CAUGUUUAAUCUUUUAUUUCAACUUCCUUGCUUCUAAAAAUAGAAAUUACUUGUCAUGCAACGUGUUUGUAAACAAACUAUGAACAGUGAUAAAACACCGAGUUUUACAACCGUCAAAUUAUUUCAUUGCGAGUUAGAAGCAAGUACUUAAAAACAAGUGCCAGGGAUCAGCAUAUCCAAUGAUUAUGUCUGACAGUGAGGGGAAAUUAACGACGGCUAUUGUGAUAGGAGCUGGCCAGAGGGGAAUUGGUUAUGCUCAUUACCAGGAGGUAAAACCCGAGGAGUUCCGGGUCAUUGCAGUGGCAGACCCCAAAAAGUACCAGAGAGAGAGAUUGCAGACUCUGUGUAACAUAGCUGAUGACAUGGUGUUUCAAGAUUGGAGGGAGGUAGCAGAGCGGGAGAGGUUUGCUGACUGUGUGAUGAUUUGUACCCAGGACCAGCAGCAUAAGGAACCAGCAGUUGUAUUUGCCAAAAAAGGAUAUCAUAUAUUACUGGAAAAACCAAUGGCAACCACAGAGGAGGACUGUCGGGAGAUUGUCCGAGUCUGCAAAGAGAACAACAUCUUCUUGACGGUCUGCCAUGUUCUCCGGUACACGCCCUGGGUCAGGAAGAUCAAGGAACUGAUUGACAGCGGGGCCAUUGGAGACGUGGUCAAUAUUCAACAUCUAGAACCUGUUGGUUAUUGGCAUUUUGCCCAUUCUUUUGUCAGAGGCAACUGGCACAAGGAAUCAGAGAGUGCAUUUUCUCUCCUGGCUAAGUGUUGCCAUGACGUUGACCUUAUUUGUCACUGGAUGGGACCACAGAAGUGUCAGUCUGUCUCCUCAUUCGGACAUCUCAGUCAUUUCUCUCAGUCUAACAAACCAAAGAAGGCGGCCAACAGGUGCUUGGACUGCCCUAAGGAAGUGGAGUCCAAAUGUCCCUACUCAGCUGUGGAAAUUUACAUCAACAAUGGCAUCAAAUCAUUCAACAAAGGUUGGCCCGUGUCUGUGUUAACGUCAGGACCCCCUGACAUAGAAAACGUGACAGAAGCCCUGCGGACUGGGCCUUAUGGACGAUGUGUCUUUGACAUGGAUAAUGACGUCAUGUCACAACAGGUGGUUAACAUGCAAUUCACUGGUGGGGCUACAGCUUCAUUGUCAAUGAUAGGAUUCACAGAAUCAAUUUGUGCAAGGGAGGUCAAUGUGUUUGGAACAAAGGGUGAGAUCAGAUAUAAAGAUGGGAAUGGGAGUGUUUUGCAAGUCGACUUUACAACAGGGCAAAGAUACCACCAUAAACUGGAGUCGAGGAACCGUGGUCCACUCUCAGGGCAUGGAGGAGCAGACUAUUGCUUGAUGGAGAACUUUGAGAGCGCCCUCUAUCACAAAGACUUCUCCAAAAUCCACACGGGAGCAGACGAGACACUAGCCAGCCAUCUUGUCGUGUUCGCUGCAGAAAAAGCCCGCAAAGAAAACCGUGUUGUCACCAUUAAUGAGGACAUGUCGUUUGCUUGAUUAAAACCAAGUCAAAGCCGGCAGAUAUGAUUGUAAGAAUGACAUUCCAUAAAGAAGAGACUAGUUGUGAAUACUUUAUAUGAAUUCGGUUAAUCAUCAUUACUUUACACAAGUUUUUGAGGUUUUGUUUGGUACUGGCACAAACGAGACAGACCAGCCAGAUUAGUGAUAACCAACGUAUCAUUCACCGAGUUUUGAAAUUAAUUUCAUAUAAAAAUAAUAGGACUACCAAUGAAUUUCAGCCUCUGGAAUGUGGCUUUUUUUGCUUAAAGUCCCAGUCUUAAAGAAUGGCUUUUUUAUUUGAUUAUAAAAAAUAUUGUGCGGAAAAUUUGAAUUCUCUUAAACAGUAAAAGCACCAUUUAUAGCUAAAUGUACAUUUGUUCUGCCGAAGGAAUACUUGCCAAUAAGUAAUAAGAUCUGGAUAGUUAUCAUCAAAGAGAAUCUGUAUACAUCAUAGUUUAAAAACAUUUCUUAAAAUGGUGAAUUGGGUGAGCAUUGGGUGAGCAUUAUCUCUUUGACGGUUACUUUAGUCACUUGUUUUACUCAUGUAUUUUAUAGAUCACGAAAAAACUGUUGUACUAACUACACGUUUUUCAAGAAGUCUAUUUAUCCAAGACAUUGACCAUUGCAAAUUUAAACUUACAUCACAUAUAAAGUUGUUAGAUAUACCAUUUCUAAUGGAACACGUUCAUCGGUUAUUUUUGAUAUAUACAUUUACUGAUUAUUUCAUUAUGAAUUGUAAAGAGAAUAUCGAAAUGUUUUUGAAUAAAGGGAAUGAUUUAUUU